CUUGUCAGCAGCGAGCGAAUUGCGCAGAUUAGACAGCAGAAAGCCGUCUGACCUCAGCAAACCAGCAUGCCCCUCAUACAACCGCCUGCUCCGGAUCUGCGGUCCACAGAUCUAACUUAUGUUCACGCCUACACCAACAUCGUCUCAAGAGUGAGAAGACGGACAGGAUCUGGAUCUGGCGGAGUUGUGAUUAUUGUCGGUAUAGACCUGGAUGGGCUUCUUGCCGCUCGAAUUCUAGCUUCGAUGUUCAGGCAAGACGAUGUGCCGUAUAGGAUAGUUCCGGUCGGAGGAUAUGAAGAGCUCGAGGCGAGGAGAGACGAGGCAUUGCAAUCAGAAGAGCUGCAUACACUGAUCCUACUAUCACUUGGCUCACUUCUCCCUCUGUCGUCUUAUUUUGAACUCCCACCCGGAUGUCAACUUCACAUCAUCGACUCGCACCGUCCGUGGAACCUCCAGAAUCUUUUCGGCCUGGAUUUGGAUGAUGAAAGCGGCGAAACGAAUAUUGCCGGUCCAUCAAGCGGGGGCAAGAUAUGGGUAUGGGGUGAUGGAGAAGAGAAUGAGCUUGACGGCGUCAAACGGUCCUGGGAGGCUCUCGAGUACGAACCAUCCGACAGCGAAUCUGAUUCGGACGAGGAAGAUGAUGAUGAAGGAGCAGAGGAGAAUCAGGAGGACGAAGCUAGUGAAGGCGAGGAGGAAGAUGGUUCUGAAGAGGAACGCUACCCGGAGCAGAAUGGUGGGCCAAGCCGGAAGAGACGGGCGAACAAAGGCGAUGGCGCAUCUCGGAAAAAGCAGAAAGACGAGGAUGAUGACAGGCCUAGGAGACUCCCUGAGGCGAUCCGAGAGGCGCAUUACGAUCGAGUACAGCGAUACUAUGACUCGGGAACUUCUUCCGGGAUGUCCGUCUCUCAGUCUCUCUACUUGCUGGCAACCGUCCUGGAAAGAGCCGAUAAUGAUCUUUUGUGGCUCGCUAUCUUGUCUGUCACUUAUCAAUACACCUCAUCAAAGAUCGAUCGAGACCGCUACGAAGCAUACCAUGAGCUGUUCUCUGAUGAAGUGGUUCGUCUGAAUGCCAUACCAGAUGGAGUCCGACAACCCAACCCGGACGACAGGAGCAUCACUCGGAGUGAAGAAUUGCGAUUCACAAUGUUUCGACAUUGGAACCUGUACGACUCAAUGCUGCAUUCGGGCUAUGUUGCUGGUAGACUGGGUAUUUGGAAAGAAAAGGGUCGGAAGAGGCUACAAGGCUUGCUGGCGAAGAUGGGAUUCUCACUUCAACAAUGCCAACAAGCCUGGGCCCACAUGGAUAUGGAUCUCAAAAAGCAACUUCCGGACCGGCUCGAAUCCAUCGCACCAGAGUAUGGCCUCGUAGAAUUGUCCUAUCCAUCGUUCAAUCGCCAUUUCGGAUUCGUUCUCUCCUCUCUUUCAGCUGCGGAUGCCGUUGAGGGCAUCUCCUCUUUACUCGAAGCUGCGAAAGGUGUGCGUUUAGAGAUCGACAAGGAGGGUGGUCGAAACGGCGGAGAGUGGUUUGGAGGGACGCGCACUUGGAAUGUGGGUCGGAGGGAGGAUGAAGAUAAGGAGAAUAUCGAUCCGAGAAGAAAGAAGGAUGACGAGGCCAGGGAGGAUGGAGAAAAAGGAGAUGGCAAAAAGGCGCAAGCCUGGAAUGUCGCCAAUUUCUGGAUCGCGUACGAUGCUCUGGACGAUAUCACCCUACUCCGUCGAUCACUGCCAUUGGCCAUGUCAUUACACCGCUCUAUCAUUCGCCAAGGGUCUUCACUCCUUGAGAAGGCCGCCAUCCGCCCGCUUCGCACUUUCCGUUUCUGCGCUAUUAAAGAAGGACCUGAUCUUAGGCUAUUCUCUCAUCCAUCGACACUGUCUCGUCUAGCUCUCUGGCUAGUAGACGCCACUCGUGAUCGAUGGGCUGAGAAGGAUUCAAAGCAGGGGAAGACAGUCAAGAGCCUGCCGUUCGUAGUCGCUUGCUUGAACGACGAGAAAGGGACGUAUCUCGUCGUUGGCGUGACUGGCGCCCCUGACUUUGGCGACGUCAGGAAAAACAAAUUUGGCUUGGCUUUCCAGGAGGCGGCGGAGGAAAGCGGAGCAGGUGCCAAACAUGACAUGUUUGAAACCAGCGUGGUAGAAGUUCGACAGUCUGACCUGACAACCUUCAUCGAGAAGCUACAUUUGAAGUCUGCAUGAUGACAUGGUAUGCACAGGAUUUCAUCGUCU